AUAUGAGAGAUUUGUAAUUUUUGUUUCAUCAUUUUAUACCUUAUAAUAAGAAGAAAAGAAUCAUACACACAAUGCUGGGGUCACCAUACAACCACACAGUAGAAAAUCCUGCCACCUUCUUCCUUGUGGGAAUUCCGGGUUUGCAGUCUUCACAUCUUUGGAUGGCUUUCUCACUGACUGUCAUGUACAUCAUCACCCUGCUAGGAAACACCCUCCUCGUGACUGUAAUCUGCAUGGAUUCCACUCUCCAUGAGCCUAUGUAUUGCUUCCUGUGCAUUCUGGCUGCUGUGGACAUUGUUAUGGCUUCCUCCGUGGUACCCAAGAUGCUGAAAAUCUUUUGCUCAGGAAAUGGCUCCAUCAGCUUCAAUGCUUGCUUUACUCAAAUGUAUUUUGUCCAUUCAGCCACGGCUAUAGAGACAGGGCUGCUGCUGGCCAUGGCUUUUGAUCGCUAUGUAGCCAUCUGCAAACCACUACAUUACAAGAGAAUUCUCACACCUAAAGUGGUGCUGAUAAUGAACAUGACCAUUGUGUUGGAAGGCAUUAUGGUUAUGACUCCAUUGAGUUGGAUGUUGAGUCAUUUACCAUUCUGUGGCUCCAGUGUGGUUCCCCAUUCUUACUGUGAGCACAUGGCUGUGGCCAAGCUGGCAUGUGCUGAUCCCAUGCCCAGCAAUCUCUAUAGUUUAAUUUCUACCUCCAUUAUUGUAGGUCCUGAUGUAACCUUCAUCGCUGCUUCCUACAUCUUGAUUCUCAGGGCAGUGUUCAAUCUUUCCUCAAAGAAUGCUCAGAAGAAGGCAUUAACCACAUGUGGCUCUCAUGUGGGUGUGAUGGUUCUAUUCUUUCUACCUGGAAUGUCAUCUCUCUAUGUAGCCUGGUUAGGGCAGGACACUGUGCCCUUGCACACUCAAGUGCUGUUAGCUGACUUGUACCUGGUUAUUCCACCCACUUUAAACCCCAUCAUUUAUGGUAUUAGGACUAAAGAAAUUCGUAAGAAAAUAUGGAAUUUGCCGAUGGUCUUUUAUCAAGUUUCAUGA